UUGCCCACUAGUAGGUGUCAUAGGACCCUGUUUCUUGACCACAGACUCAACGUGACAAAUGUACUUGAUGGCUGUUUACGUUGAUAUAUUAUGAUAAUUAUAUUGUUUACAUACCGUAUUUCACUUGAUAGCUGAAAAGUAAAUAGGCAUAUUCUUUAAUGUCGAGUCGGUGCCAUUUUUUCGAGAGUUUACGCUGGAGACCAGCAGUCUAUGGUGACCAGCAGUUGCAGCAGUCAGUAGCCUACCAGUAAACGAAGUAGCUCCGUACAGACAGAAUUGUAGGCUAUGCAGCUCAGAGAGGAUCAUCGUAGAAACAUGAGGCCUGGAUUAUGAGAAACAUCACGUUAGGAAAUAUCUUGUUAUUUAACCAACGAGUGAACCUAAAGCACGGUUGGCACUUACGUAGCCUCUUUUGGAAGAUUUUGCAGGUCAACGUAUUGAAAUGAUCUAUUUUUGUAAUGGCGAGGGUUCUGUUUUCACGGGCCUGGAUGAAGAAGUCCUUCUAUUUACAGGCUCGCAUCUCCUUUGUGAGAGUGAAGUACCUGUUCCUCACCUGGCUGACAGUGUUCGUGGGGAGCUGGGUGAUUUAUGUCCAGUACUCCACAUAUAAAGAGCUGUGUAGAGGACAUGAGUGCAAGAAUGCUAUUUGUGACAAAUACAAGAAGGGUAUCAUCGAUGGCUCUGCCUGCAGCAGCCUGUGUGACAAAGACACCCUGUACCUCGGCAGGUGUCUCUCCACCACCCCAAACAACCAGGUGUACACAGGGGGCUGGGGGGAGCUGGACGGGGUGAUUCGCUGCCAGCUGGGGGAAGUGGUGCCCUACGAGCUAGGGGAGGAGCUAGAGCCCAGGAGGGAGGCGCCGGUCUUUGACACGCCCACUCGAGGCACAUCUGUGGAGAAGUUCCGAGAAAUGGUCUUCAACCACUUAAAGUCCAAACUGGGUGAACAGGCCAACCUGGCCAGUCUAGUGAGCCACAUCCUCUCGGUGGCUGACGGCAACAAGGACGGCCGCGUGUCUCUGCCGGAGGCCCGCUCGGCGUGGGCUCUCCUCCAGAUGGACGAGGUGCUGCUGGGCCUGCUGCUGCAGGAGCGAGGCCACACCCCGCGGCUGCUGGGCUUCUGCGGGGACCUGUACAUGACCGAGCGGGUCCCCUACGGCCCCCUGUACGGCCUGGCCCUGCCCUGGCCCCUGGAGGCCUGGGUGCCGGCCGGGGCCCGCCGCAGCAUGGACCAGUGGGGCACGCCCUCCUGGCCCCGCAAGGCCAAGAUCUCCAUGGGCCUGCUGGAGCUGGUGGAGGACGUCUUCCACGGCACCUACGGCAGCUUCCUCAUGUGCGACCUCAGCGCCGCCCACUUUGGCUACACCGACCACUACGAGCUCCGCCUGACCGACCCGAGGGCCGUCGUGCCCGAGGACGUGUUCAGGAGGUCGAUGCGAGCCCUGCGCUGCGAGGCCGACUCCGACUGCCUGUUUGGGGCGGACUGCCGGACGUCGUGCGACACGGCGGAGCGGCGGUGCAGGGAGGAGCCCCUGCAGCCCAACCUGGCCAAGGCGUGCAGGGCUCUGACGGACUACCUCCUGCGGGGGGCGCCCUCCGUCCUGCGGGAGGAGCUGGAGAGGCAGCUGUACGUGUGCAUGGCGCUCCAAGGCUCGGCCAGCCAGAUGAACAUGGAGCACUCGCUCAUACUCAACAACCUUAAGGCCUUGCUGUGGAAACAGAUCUCCCACACCAAGGACUCAUGAUGGAGGGAGCUGGGGCUGACCCUGUGGCAUAGGACACAGUAGACACUAACCUCACUUUGACCAAGUGAUUCAUAUAAACUAACCACUAGGGGACU